AUGCAAAUCAACAAGUUCCUACCUAUAAUUCAAAAAAUCUUUCUCAUAGAGAAAGGAAGUGAUCCGCUUCCAACAGCACGGACAUCAAAUACGAUUGCAAUUAUGAGCUACGAUUUGAUGGUCCUCAAGAAGAAGGAACUAGAAGAACUUAAUUACUAUGUGAUCAUAUUUGACGAAUCUCAUUUGUUAAAGGACAACAAAGCCAAGCGGACACAGGUGGCCCAUUCGUUAGCGAAACGAGCAACACGAGUCAUCCUCCUUUCGGGUACUCCCGCAUUGUCGCGCCCAGCUGAAUUGUACUCUCAAGUAAGGCUAGUGAAUGACCGUCUUUUCCCGAAUUUCCACAAUUUCGCCACUAGAUAUUGUGAUGGAAAGCAAGGACGAUUUUGUUUUGAGGUAUGUGUCUGCCCUAAUGUCUUAGUUGUCUCACUGUAG